AUGGAGUCGUCGUCAGAAAUCGUCCUCUCGACGCCCGGAUACUAUGGCCCAGGCUCUAUCACAGCCUGGUACUGUAUCGUAGCAGCCACAGCUGUAUCCUGGAUAUGGAAUCCCGCCCAUCGCUUCCAGCCAACAUCAGACUUCAUGGCGGCUAUUUUAUACCCUCUUAUCGCAAUGGUACAUUUCGCUAUACAAUUAUGGAACUUCCCCUCCGACAAGACGCAGUAUCUCCGGGCCAACCUUAUGCAUAUCAUCAUCGGAAAUGGAGCCGAGGGCCCAGUCUCGGAAGCAUAUGACUAUCAAUACAAGAAUCAAGUGCUCUUCGACAAACCAGGCCCCGACAUGUUCGAAAUAUUCCCGCGUGUCGUCACUAUCGAUGCUGCCUUGCGGAUCAACGAUAAUUGCUUUUGGCUUUGUUUGAUCUCGCUUGGAUUUCUCUUAGUCGAGCAAAGGAAGAACUGGACAGAACAACAGCUCAGAGGCUUCAACCGCGUUGAAAAAUGUCUUGUUGCCGGGGUUUUGUUACCGGUAAUGAACGGAAUAUUUCUACUUGUCCUUUUUGACGACUCUCGAACCCUUUGGAUCUUUGUAGAGUCUACUCUCUUCAGGUUCAUGGCGGUAACCACGGGUAUGUGCCCAGUCAUGGUGACAUUCUUCAUAUAUCUACCACUAUCGCCUGAGUGGAGUGUAUUCUCUGGAAUACUGCCCGAAACAAGAUCCAUAAAGCGGUUUCUUUUAGAGCUCAGCAUCAACCUGUUUCAACGAAUCCGUAGAAUCCGGCUUUUACACUUUGGGUUUGGGAUCCUCUAUCUUGCCUUCAUUGGUAUUCUGGCGGCAGGUACAGUGAACACCUUGAGACUGGUAUAUCCAAUCCAACUGUUCAUUCCGGCCGUUGGUAUUUCAGUCUUUGAAAUGGAGCAAGUAGCAAGCUUGCUUGGGGGAGUGGUGGUGUUGUCAUAUAACAUUCACUCAAUUUACUACCCGCAUUAA